UCUUCCCUUUUUUUUUUCUUUUUUUAAAGCAGCAACAGACUAGCCAGCCAUAUUAUAGAGGUGGAAAUAAAGCUGCCCCAAUAUUAUAAAUGUCUUUGUAAUAAAUCCGUGCAUUUUUUUUAGCAUCUAACCACUUCUCACCUUCCAGCCCUGAGUCCCCAGAUCACCCCCUCCCAGCCCCUAACCAAACUACAUCUCAGUCCUUGAAAAUGCACAGAGACGCCUGGCUACCUCACCCAUCCUUCUGUUUCACUGGGCUCAGUCUGUUUUUCUCUCUGGUGCCAUCAGCAUCGAGUAUGGAGGUCACAGUUCCCAUGACCCUCAAUGUCCUCAACGGCACUACUGUGCGCCUGGCCUGCACCUUUAACUCCUGCUACACAGUGAACAAUAAGCAGUUCUCCCUGAAUUGGACCUACCAAGAGUGCGAAAAUUGCACUGAGGAGAUGUUUCUCCAAUUUCGGAUGAAAAUCAUUAACCUGAAGCCCAACCGUUUUGGGGAUCGGGUGGAGUUCACAGGGAACCCCAGCAAGUAUGAUGUGUCUGUGACCCUGAAUAAUGUACAGCUGGAGGAUGAGGGCACCUACAAAUGUUAUGUCAUGAACCCACCUGACCGCAACCGUGGCCUAGGCACAAUCUACCUACAGGUCCUAACACAAGUGCCCCCUGAACGUGACUCAACGGUGGCUGUGAUCGUGGGCGCCUCAGUGGGUGGUUUCUUGGCUGUCGUCAUCCUGGCACUGAUGGUGGUCAAGUGUGUGAGGAGGAAGCAGGAGCAGAAGCUGAAUGUGGAUGACCUGAAGACAGAAGAGGAGUGUAAGACAGAUGGGGAGGGCAAUCCAGAAGAUGGCACCAAGUAAGGGUGGAUGGUCUCUUGGUCUUCCCCCUCUCACGCCUACUUGUCUUCCUCUCAUUCCCCACCCUAUACAAUGUGCUCCUUGCCUACCCCUCUCACUAUGCUUCUCCUAAGCCAGGAUUCUAGCCCCCAACGCUGUGCCUCCUACUCGAAGCCCUCCCUACCCCCUUGCCCCAAGAGUGACUCACCUCUCUUCCAUCAGAGACACCCACCAUUAAACCAACUGGGAAUUGAAGUUCAGAUGGGGUGUAGGAAAGUGAGGGGGCCUAGUAGGUAUCACUGCCCAUAUAAAUGCCCAUCUUCUUCCACAAGAGGAAGGUAAAACAAGGCCCUAGGCUGGCCAUUCCUACAUGAGAGUUAAGAAGCUCAUGCCAGAAUCCUAAAGAUGGAGAAGUCUUGGGAAAGGAGGAUUGUGGAGGAAGAAAAAGCUCUCUCUGCCUGUCUGGAACUUGGUUUGAGUCUCUAAUGCUGCAUUAGCCCUAGAGAGAAGCCUGUUUAAGAGGCCAUUCUGGCGCUGCAGAAGACCCCUUGUUCUGUUUUUUGCAGAAUUCCUGGGAUUUCUCCUAACAGAGAAUCCCUUCAAAGAUCAUCAAGUUUUUUUUGGGGGGGGUGUCUGAAUGAGUUCCCAUAGUUUGGGGGUGGCUGGUGGACUAAAGUGCAUUUCCUAGAUAUAGGAGGCUGGGAGCAAAAUCCAAGAGAAGCAGGAGCCUCACUCUCACUAUUCUCUGUCAUGGCUCUGUUGUCCUCCUCAGAUCAUCAGCAGAGUUCUUCCACCUCAUUAUUCUAUGACUAGGAGCCCCUUGAGUUUUUAGGGGGAGCUUAGUGGAAGAAAUGAGAGUCACUUGAGCUGGGCAUGGGUGAAGGGAAUGUGUAGUUCUAGCUAGGUAAGCUGACUGGGGGUGGCUAGUUUGACACCGGUUGCCUAGCUACAGGAAAGCCCCAGUUGCAAACCUGGUUGGCGGGGGAGACACCUUUUACUAGCAGUCUCUGCUACCCGCCUUCUCAGAUGAGAUGCUCCCCUCUCUUCACUCCCCCCAAUCUAUGCCUUAGGAACACUGUGUGUGUGUGUGUGUGUGUGUGUGUGUGUGUGUGUGUGUGUGUGUGUGUUUGGGGAGGGGGAGGAUGGUAAGAAGAGAGAGAGACAUUCUGAGGCUAAAGGAUGGGUAUUGAAUGUGGCACAGAGAAGAAUGGAGGUAGCUUCUUUCCAAGGUCCAGUUUGGACAGACCAUUUCCAGUCACCCUCCACAGGGUCUCUGACUAGUCUAAGAUGUGCUGUUCAAGUACAUAGGUCAGGUAAAAGACCAGAGAUGAGGUGGGAAUGAAGAGAAGGCAUUUAGGAGGGGGCUUCAAAUCUCCUUGUCAUUUAGGCCUAGGGUAGACCUCAAUUCUGCCCACUUAUGGUGAUAGGUGGUACUGGGGGGGAGGUGGAGAAUCAAAGGGACUGAGAGGAGACCUAAUUUUCACUGCCAAUUUACCAGCUGCCCCAAACAGAGAUGUAAGAGUUGCUUCAGCUUGUGUUUUCCUUAGCUCCUUCAGGAAGAAAGUCUGGAGACAGUCAGGACUCUGAGUAUGAUCUCUAUCCUCUGAGGAUUACAGCACUCUCUUCCCUGGUUCAUCUGUGCCCAGGAAGAGUCAGACAGGAUAACUGGUUCUCCAGGCUGGAGGAGUUUUUUUUUUUUCUUUUUCUUUAGGCUUCUGGGUGGUUAAGGGGACAUAUAAACCUUCCUUGGGCUAUAGAUGAAGAUUGAUUAUUGUCCUGCCUUUCCUUAUUGUCGCUCCUCCAGACAUUUCACAAAAGGAUACUGCUACUUAAGUCCAAAAAAAAGAAAUGUAUUUAAAAGAGAGGGAGUCAGAAUAAUGGGGAAUGGAGAGACUAAAGAUGUUGGGAAAUGCCUUUAUCCUCCAACCUAAGCUAAAUUCACCCUUAGCCCUGCCUGGCCCCUUGCCCCACCCCAGUAUUGCACCUCCAGGGGGCAAAAUGUCAUACACAGGGCAUGUAGGUGAAAGAAGAGGUGAAGGGAAGGGACUGAGACAGUGUUCUGAAAGGACAAUCCCUGUCCCUGCCCACCUGGCCUCUCAGGUUUAUGUGGCCCAAAAAUGACUGGGUAAGACAAUCUAAAACUCUGGGGAUGCACGAGAAGCCAUAACAGAUAUGUGAACUACCAGCUCAGCUCUUUUUGGGACCAAGAUUAUAAUAAUACUUUUUUUGCAUGUGUGUGCAUCCAAUUCCAUCUCUGUAGCUAAAGCCUGAGCCAUUACUGCUGGGUUGGAGUUUGGGAAGAGAUGGAGUAGGAAGAGAGGGGGAGAGAAUGGGAAAGGGAGAGGAGCUCCAGGGUCAGAAAGAAAAGUAGACAGGGUGAAAUGUUACAUCCUACGUUUCUCCAAGGCCCCAUCUAGUACCUAACUGCCAAAUCAACACUGCCAAUGGGGUGGGACUGGAGUGAAGGUAAGCAGGCUAUCUGUCUGGGUUAGGUUAUUGGCUGCCCAGAGAGGAGAAGAAAGGCCAUGGGACUCUCACCUGUUUUUUAUCAGUACCUAAGGAAGGUCACUCACUCCUGCUUAUUCUUCUGAAUGCACCUUCCCUCUGCCCUCUCAUCACUUCUAAAUUUUCCACCAGCCCUGAUUCUGGACACUGUAAUUCCUCCUUGGGUUUUUAAGGUUUGCAAGAAGAAGUUGAUUUUCCCUUCUUCCAGCCUUUCAAAUACUUUUCUCUCCAAGGGCCAGUGAGGAUCUCUUCAAGACCAACUUCAAUUAAAAAACAAACAAGCAUUGAUUGAGCAUCUGUUACGUGUCUUUGGCAUUCAAAGACAAAAAUGAAACGGUCCUGGUCCUCAAGGGGCUUGCAUUCUUCUUGGGGAAGGAAUACAACAUGUACACUGUCUAUAAAAAGUCAUCUCGAGAGGGAAAAAACAAUAACUUCUGAAGGAAUCAGGGCAGGUCUUGUGUAGGAGGUAGCCCCAGAACUCUGCUUUGAAGAAAGCUUGGGACUCAAGGAGCUAGAAAUGAGAAGGGAAUGGCAUUGGGGGUGGGCUGGGCAACCACCUUUGCAAAUGCAUGGAGGCAGGAGUGUAGUGUUAUAUGUGGCGAACAAGAUUAUAGGCCAGUUUGAUGGGACAGAGUGUGAAAGGGGAAAUGAUUGGAACCAUAUUGUGGAGGGCUUAAAAUGUCUAUUUUACCCUAGAAGCAAUAGUGGGUCACUGGAAAAUUUUGAGUAGAAGAGAGACAUGGUUCAAUCUGUGCUUUUUAAAAAACCAGACCUGUGAUUUCAUUAGUGCAGGGAGCUUUCUCUGUCAACACAGAUUGACACCUUUUCUGAUGCUUAAUCUUAGAGUCUGGAGAACUGAGAAGUGACAGGUAACCAGUGUGUCUCUGAGGUAAAAUUUGAACCCAGGUCUUCCUGACUACAAGGAAUUAUGCCAUGAUAUUGAAAAAUCUAUACUUUAGAAAUCUUGAGUUGGUAUGUGUAUGUGUGGAAUAGAUUAGAGAAGGGUAGGGAAUGGAAGGAUGACCAGUAAGGAGUACAUUGCAAUAGUCUAGGAGAGGAGAGAUGAAGACCUUACCUAGGAUGAAUAGGGAUUUUGUGAGUGGAGAGAAAGGGAUGAUUGCAAGAACUGUGGAGGUAGAAUUAACUAAGACUUGGUCAACAGAGUAUGGAGGUGAAGAGUUAAGGGUGAUUCCAAAGUUGUGACCUCUGUGAGUGGUAGGCUAAUGAUGCUCUCAGAAGAAAAAAGGGAAAUUUGGAGAAGUGAUGGCUUUUGGAAGAAAUAGAGUUGUUUCGGACAUGCUGAAUUUGAGAUGCUGAUAAGGUGGGAUGUCCAGGUGGAGAUGUCCUUCAGCCAGCUGGUGAUGUGGGACUUUUGGAGACAUGGGGACCUAAUAUAGAGAUUGGAGAGUCAUCUUCAUAGAGAUGAUAAUUGAAUCCAUAGGAUCAAAUGAUACCACUAAGGGAGACUAUGGAGAAACAGAAGAACUAGAACUGAGUAUUGGGGUAUGCUCACAUUUAUUGGGUAUGACCAGACUGAUGAGACUGAGCAAAGGUGGUGAAAGAGGUAGGGGGAGACCUAAAAGGUCUUAAGGGAGGAGACCUUCCAGGGUCAGCAGGGGGUGGUCAGCAGCAUCAAAAACGGCAGAGAGGUCAAAUAGAGUAAAGACUAAGGCUAAGCCAUUGGAUCGAACCAUUUGGUAACCUUGGAGAAAGUAGUUUCAGUGGGGUUGAGAAAAGAGGGAAGGAUGAGGACAUGGAUGCAUUGAGUGUAGAUAACUCUUUCCAGGGGUUUAGCUAUGAAAUGGAGAAGAGAAAUGGGACUAUUGUUUGAGGGAGGGCAGGAUCAAAUGGAAGUUUUUAAGGAUAGAGAACUUUUGUAGAUAGUGGGAGGAAGAGGCCAGAAGGGAAUGAGAGAUAAGAGAUAAGAGAGGAUUAUUGAAGUGGUAAAUUUCUGGAGGGGAAAGGAUGGGACUAGGAGCCCAAGUGGAAGAAUUGGCCUUGGAAAUGAGAAAGAAAACUUCCUCAUCAGUUUGGAGAAAAGGAGAUGAUAAUGAGGGAUGAAGAAGAGGGAUUUUGAGGUAUAGUUGGGGAAAAGAGGGAGCUUGCAAUGAACAUUCCCUUUUUUCUCAGUUAAAGGAGAAGACAAGUCCCCUUCUGAGGGAAAAUGAGGAAGAAAGUAGCACAGGAGGUUUGAAAUGAAAUUGUCUCUCUAGAAUAGCCACUGUAGAGAAUCUAAUAGAGAGUCAAUCAGGAAACAGUGAAAGGAUUGCCUUGCAGUGCAUCAGAUGACAUAAAAUUGUAGUGAACCCAGUCUAGAGGAUUGUGAUUUUGUCCUGGAUCAUUCAACAAGAGAGUAGGACUAGGGAAGGCAGAGUAAACCAGGUAGAGGGGUAAGAAGGGUAGAAGAUUCACAAAGUUUGACUGGUGACAGGAUUGAACCAGGGGGACAAGGAAGGGUAGAAGGACUAGAGACAAGGAUGAAGACUAAGCUUAGGAGGAGUAAGAUGGAGGGAGAGGUUGAAUGAUAGAGGAUUGUUGCAUUUCAGAUUUCUGGCCCAUGAUGGUAGAAGAAUUGUGAGUGAUUGUCCAUCCAUCCCUCUGUGUGCCUGAAGUAGAAUGCAGAUGGAAGCCACGGGCAUUUAGGAGACUUAUAAACUAGGAGGCCAAAGUAUUUGAGAGGACACUGCGUAUAUUAAAGCCUCCAAGUAAAAUGGCAGUUUGGGGUGAGAAGAUUGUGACCAAGGCAUUGAGCUCUUUGAGAAAGGAGGAAGAAUGACUUCAAGGCCUGGAGAUUAUUGUGACAAGAGUUAGAACCAAGUAAGAAAGAUGAAUGCAACGAACCAUAAAACAGGAUGAGUUGUUGAGUAAUUGUGGUGAAGGUACAGUCUAGUAGUGAGAGUGAAGAGCUGACAAUAUGCUUACUUUUUUCUGCUGGCCCAGUGUGUCAUGGAGAAGGAACAUACAGUGCUCAAGAGAAUUGCUCAAGAUGCAUUGUUUUCUGAAGUUUUCAUUAUUACAAAAAGAUGGAAAAUGUGAAGUGAAAAGAUAUAGGAUAAAGAGUGGCCUGUUCACAAUGGAAUAGAGGCUACAGAAGGUUUAGUGGGAGGUAGGACAGAAGAUCUAGAUUGCGGAUGGGUAGGAAUGAAUUGGAUAGGGAUGAGAGUACAAAGAGAAAUAGGAAGAGUUUUUGCCUCAUUUGCCAUUGACUCUGAAUCGUGGGGAUGAGAUGAUGUGUGUGAUUUUACCCACCAUUUAGUGGGGAAUUACCAGUUCACAGGAGUCAUCAACCUUCUAGGGUGUUGUGGUGACUGGGCACAAAGUCAAUUUGGGUCCUACUGGUUCUGAUGCUCCCUCAGAAGCCCAGCCUCAAGGAUAGAGAAAGAACAAGGCACUAAUUAGAUUCUUGGGGCUUGGGCCAAAAUCAUUCUUUGAAUCUGCCCCUGAGCCUCAUUUUAAGGUGAUGGGGAUCAUAGAUCUACUUCUGGAAGAGACCUCACAAGAAACUUUAGUCCAACACUUUCAUUUUACAGACAAUAAAGCCAAGGUCUUAGGGAGUUUAAAUGACUUACAUAGGGCUGCACAGGUAGUGUAGUGUUAGGUGUGGUGUUUGAAUCCAGCCAAUGGUCUUUCUGUUUGUUCUACAAUGAGGCACACUCAAGAGAUACACUGGGUAGGGGUGCAAGUACUCAGUUCUCAAUAAGUGGAAACAAAAGCUUUCUCACACAGCUUUCCCCUCCCUACCCCCCCCCCCCAACUGCUUCUGGUGCCCUGAGGCUCAGGAUCUGUGAAGGCCCCUCUGCUGUCCUUGGUGCCUAAAGACUGAAGCCUGAGAUGAAUGCGAAGACCAACCAGUGUUAGGUUCCUGGAAGGCUGAGUUAAACCCAUGCUCUUCAUCCAUCCGGGAAGUUCAUCUCAACCUAAGUGUCGAUGAGACAUAUUCAGGAGAUAGAUAGCCUUGCUCAGCCUUCAGUGAUGAUUCUGUUGAAGUCAGCCAGUUAAAGUAGGGAUGUUGCUGGGUUUGGCCCAUAAUAAUUCCCCUUUGUUGGAGGGGAGGUGGGGGUGACUUGGUCCUAGGGCCGGCAGUUACCAGGACUAAUAGCAUUUUGAGAACUUAUCUGCAAGGCCCUCUAAGUUUAUUCCAAGAGUCCCUGAGAGGAAAUCAGGAUUCCUGGGCCCUUUCCCCAGCUUUUAAUCUGUGGUGAGAGCUUAGGGGCUCAUGCCCUUAGCUAUAGAAGAAAAAGGAUUAGACAUUGAGAGUGCCCAGGGGUACCCAUCUCCUCUAUGCAUUCAACUCUCUGCUGAACCUAAGACUUUCCUUUCCUACAUUGCUCCUCCCAAGCUGCCUCUCCUUCAAGAGACUUACACUUACUCAUGCUACUCUCCAUUGGGGCAGCUGAGUAAUUUCUUUCCUUGCCCUCAGAGUACCUACUCAUUGUCAUUAGCUACAUUUCUGGCUAUAGCAGCCCUUUCUUCUCUCUGACCCUCUUCCCAGUGUUCUGGGGUUCCUAUCCCCUCCUAUCCUGCUUUCCUCCUCAAGCUUCUUCCCAAUAUGUCACUGUGAAAGGGAAUGGGCUGGCCAACAAUGGAAAUUAGAGUUUAUGAAUAAAGCACAAUUUUUUAGGAUUGAAAUGCCUUGGGUUGCCUUGGAUCCUAUCUUGUAAAUAACCCCUUGCCUGCUCAUCCUGAGUCAAUAUAUCAACAAGAAGAAAAAAGAAGCUAAUACCAUGUGCUUCCUGGGGAAGGGUGGGCUAGUAGUUAUUUACAAGGGCAGGUAAAUCAAGUAGAUAAUGAAAGAUACUGGUCAGGUCCAGAGUGAUAAGUCUGGGUCACAAGAAUGGCCUGGAUCAUUUGGAAUGGGUUAUGAAUCAAGAGAUUUUUCCUUCCUAUCCAUGUCUUAAUGGACAGGAAAACCCAUGUCUUAAGUAUUUCCUGUAUCUUGCUGAUGUCUUCCUUUAAUUGCAACUUGUCGAUGCCUCUGUAUAUAGAUGUGCUCAUGUGCUCUAUACAUACACAUACUUCUGUGUGUAUGUGUAUGUUAUCUAUAGGUAUAAAAACAUCUCGCUGCACUCACCACAAGCUUGUUAUAUUUGGGGGUGUCAUUUUCUCAUUUUGGGGGCUGAUUUCACCAAGACCAAAUCAUGGAAUGUUAUAUUGCUUUUUGUACCUUUGGAGGAAAAAAAUCUCACAAGACUAAAAUUUGCACUUAAUAGGUUUUUUGUGUGUUAAUUGGGGGGAGGGACAUGGUAGAGGGGUUGCAAAAAGAUAUAUAUCACUGCCGCUGUAUGGAGCAGAAAUUUGGGGAAGAACAUGUUUCUCUCAAGGAGUGUCAUUAUUUGGAUCUGUCUGCCAUAAUAAAUAAUUUGCCUCCACCCAAAC